AUGACAGGCCUGGGUCUAUCGCCGACAGCACUCGGCAAGCAACGGCAGACCGAACAAGAGUCUACCAUCGACACCAAUGACAGUGCCAGCGAUGGCGACAGUGCGGACGAGUGCUGUGCGAUCUGUCUCAGCAGCAUAGAGAACAGGACUGUCAUCGUCCAGUGCCUGCACGAUGACUUUUGCUUUGCCUGCCUAUCGACAUGGUGCCAGCAAUCUCACAAAUGCCCCCUGUGUGUUGCGCCCAUAGAACACCUGAUCCAUUCCAUACGCAGCGAUCAUGACUAUCAGAAACACUACCUUUUGCCGCUCUUGCCUGCCACAGAGCAGGAUACGAGCUUGACGCGCUCGACGGAUCUGAGAGCACAGAGCAGGCGACAAGCCCGUUCGACUGGUCGUUGUGUGCAUUGGGGUCGAAGACGACCUGCUACAGACGAACCGGAUCCCGAGAUCGCGCUCGAAAGGCGACGGUACAUCUACAGGCACAGUCUUUACGCAAAACACGUAGCAUGCAAUCGCUUCACUCGACACAAACCCUUCAGUCCAACGGUCUACGCAGCUACACCGCUCCUGCAAAGAAAGGUAGCGGCAUUCACACGGCGCGAGCUAGCCGUCUUUGCGAAUCUCGACAUCGGAUGGCUCGUUCACUACAUCGAUUUGCUGCUCAAGAAGCUCGACGCUAGACAGGAAGCGGCCAUCAAGCUCAUUGGCGAGUUCAUCGGCAAGAGAGCUGCUGAACAUUUCGUGCACGAGCUGCUCGCGUUUGCCCAGUCUCCCUACACCACACUGCCCGCCUGGGACAGAGUCGUGCACUUUGUUCGGUGUCGCGCUCUAUCUAUUUUAUCGCGCCGACUUGAUCGAUUGAUUGCCCGAACGAAGAUGAGCUUGGACACGGAGCCAGUCAUCGGCGCUUCUCAAGCGGUGACACCAAAUACAAGUGAUGAUGUAUUCGUCUAUCGACCAGAGCACGAUGAUAUACUCUUCUCGGCGGCAAGACAAGCUACUACCAGCGCCAAUUGGGAUCUGCUCAGGAACAUCAUCAAGUACAAGCUCGAGCGGAUCAUCCGAGACUUCAGCUCGAAUCCGGAUGCGCUCUUCAACACAGCUUCCAAUCCGCCGUUCGCGAUGGACGCCAGUGAGAUUGAUGAGCACAAGCAGCGCAUCUUUGCCCUCCUUGACGCUUCACAAGGACCGCCGUUCACCCUGCAAAGGUUAUGUGAACUCGUUCUUGAGCCAAGGAAGGGUUACACCAAACUGCCGAAAUACUUACGCUCGAUUACAAAGACCGUACUGGUCAGCUUGCCCGCGUCUGACUUCCCGCCGGACACGUAUACCUACGAUGUGACAUCACUCUCAGGAGGCAUUUCCAACGAUCCUACUGAACCGGCCAGUGUGGGAUCAUUGGCGGCCAUCAUGCCGCGAUCGACUCACCCCAGUCCUGCUUCGGCACCACUGCUCUCGCCUAUUCCCUUCUUGCAGAAUCGGACGAAUGGUCACGUCGCAACAGAUGACGAUGACCUGGCUAGUGAUUUCAGGCUAGAUGAUUCGCGUUCGUCGCCCGAGAGGGAGAGAGUGCGAGCGACACCCGCUCCGACAGAUAUGUCAUCGUUAGAAGAAGCACCACCUACUGCUGCACUUGCAGAUGUCUCGUUACCCCGAGGUGGCAGACCUGCACCGCUCAUGUCUUCCAUACCCGCAAGCGCAAACGAGGCAAUGCAGACGGUCAAUACGCACAAUCAAUCAGUCUCAUCUGCCUUGCCCGUCGAUAUUAUACCGAGCAAACCUGCUGAGGCAGCCAGGAGUCCCGCUCUGAGUACUGUCGCACUGCCACCUGAUGAUCCGGAGCCAAGGGAUAUAGCGCAAGCAACCGCUGGCAAAGUUGACGAAAUGGACAGUCUGAUGACGGAUGCUGCUUCGACGAGCACACUACCUACCGCUUCAUCGCCGGAGAAGACAACCGCUGAGAGCCUCGAGCCCGGUCUGAAGAGAUUGGACCAAGACUUCGACGCAGACAAGGCAGCAGCAGAUCGACUUGCUCUCAUCACAGAUACCAAUUCUGCCACCAAUGCCAAGCACAGCUCACCAUGA